UCCCAUCUAUAUUCCAAACUCUACUCUUCAUUCUUCCAUAGCAACGACCAAAUUCACUCCACACUCUUGAGAAUCACUGCUAUCUCAACAUAUUCAUCAAUGGCAGCAACAAUGGCAAUGAUGAUUAACUCAAAGUGCCUAAACACAAGCCUACCCAAGUUACAAAAUCCCACAACUAAGCUAACAACAACAACAUGCAAAAUCACUGCCACUCAGAACCAACCAAAGGGUCUUAUCUCAAUUGAGAACACAAAAUUUGUGUCACCUUCAUUUGCAAUUGCAGGAGCAAUAUUUUCAUCACUUGCAACCUCCGACGCGGCUUUUGCUGCUCAACAAAUAGCAGAAAUAGCUGAAGGUGAUAACAGAGGAAUAGCACUUUUGUUGCCAUUGAUUCCAGCUAUAGCUUGGGUUUUGUUCAAUAUUUUGCAGCCAGCUUUGAACCAAAUCAACCGUAUGCGUAGCACAAGAGGAGUUAUUGUUGGGCUUGGUCUUGGGCUUGGUGGGCUUGCAGCUUCAGGUAUGGUGUCAGAAGCAUCGGCUAGCGAGAUUGGUUCGAUUGCUGAAGCUGCUGCUGCAGCAGGAAGUGACAACAGGGGUACACUUCUGUUGUUUGUGGUUGCUCCAGCUAUACUUUGGGUGCUUUACAAUAUUUUGCAGCCUGCUCUCAACCAGAUCAAUAGGAUGAGAAACUAGGGGAAUUUUGUGCAAUGUUUUGUUGUAAAACUUCUGUGACUUGUAUCUAAUUCUCUCUCUUUCUCUAUAUUUUGUGUUAUAUAUCAAACUUGGCUUUCUACUUAAACUUAGCAGCCAUUCCAUUUUCUUAUUUGACAUAAUCUUUUUGAGAUAA